AGUAUUCGGAGGUCUCUGAAGCCUCGUAGAGAGUUUGCAGCGCACAUUUUAGGCCAAGGCAAGGGUGCUGAGUUUGCCUUGCCUGAGCUGUCCGAGGUGUGGAGAAGCUGAAGGACCAUUAAUCCCUUUGGCUCUCGUGCUGACAAGGAACUGUAGGAAUGUCUCAACAGCUGCGAGGCGAGAGUGAUUUUGACCAGCUUCCCGAUGAUGUGCCUGUUUCUGCUAACAUUGCAGACAUUGAGGAGAAGAGAGGCUUCUCUAGUUACUACGUCUUUGUGAUCGAGGUGAAAACAAGAGGUGGAGGCAGGUAUAUGAUAUUCCGCCGUUACAGCCAGUUCUAUAACUUGCAUGCCAAGCUAGAGGAAAGAUAUGGUUCAGAAAGCAGAAACAGUCGCUUUUGCUGUCUACUCCCUGUCCUUCCUGGAAAAGUUUAUGUUGGUGCAAAGAGGGAGAUUGCUGACAGCCGAAUCCCAGUACUCAAUGCGUACAUGAAGAAAUUGCUUAGCUUCCCAGCCUGGUUGCUGCUAGAUGAAGAUGUCCGAUUGUUUUUCUACCAGUCGGAGUUUGACAGUCAGCAGGUACCUCAGGGGCUGCGAAGGCUUCGCCCACGCACCCGUCGCGUCAAGAGCGUUUCACCCCAGGAACCUGGCUUUGACCGACUGGCAGCCCCGCGGGCAGAGGCACUGUUUGAUUUUACUGGGUCCACUAAACUGGAACUGAGCUUCAAGAAGGGAGACUUGAUUUAUUUGCUCAGCAGGGUCAACAAGGACUGGUUUGAGGGAACUGUCCGAGAUGCCACUGGAAUUUUCCCAAGUGCUUUUGUGGAUAUCAUCAAAGAACUCCCACAGGAAGAGGAUACCAUCAACUGGCUGCGCUGCUAUUAUCAUGAUGACAAUGUCAGCAGCAUCAGGGACAUAUCGGUGGAGGAGGACCUGAGCAGCACCCCACUAUUCCAAGACCUCAUGGAAUUAAUAAGCCGAGCGUUUGCACGUGACGAUAUUGCCCUGAAUUACCGUGAUGCUGAGGGCGAUCUGAUCCGCCUGCUGUCUGAUGAGGAUGUUGUACUCAUGGUGAAGCAGGGCAGGAGUUGGCCUUUUGAGAAGCACAUCUUCCCGUGGAAACUGCAUGUUACUCAGCAAGAUGAUUACAGUGUCUAUGACCCAGCGGGAGCUGGAAUCGCAGCACAAACAGCAACAGAACCAUGAUCCUUGUUGCUAGUGUUGCUCAACGGGUACGGGUGUGUGUGUGUGUGUGUGUGUGUGUGUGUAAUACAACAACCUGGAACCAUGUGGAACUGUCCUGCAGGACUUUCUCCAUAUUUUACUACACAUUUUCUUUGGUUAACAAUAUGCAUUGCAUUAUCACAGAGGGUUAUUUUGGGUUUCUCCUAAAUACGGGUCCUCGUGUUGAGUUAGACUGUACCCACGCACCUCUCUUCUUGUGGGCUUUUUGGCUACUAUGUUCUUGAUUUAGAAGAUUAUUAUUAUUUUAUUAUUAUGUUAAUGUAAGUUAUAUGAUAACAUUGUAUUGUAGUAAAAAAGUUACUAUAAGCAUGCUCUGGGUUCUGUCAGUCACUUCUAGGUUCUAACAAUCUCAUGAUAGUAUUAUAUUAUGGUUAGCAACUACAACAGUUUCCUUUAGCUCAUUUAAACAUGAGUUUAAAAUUCAUUUCUCCAGCUACCCUGUAAAUAAAUGUCUUUACUUGCGUAUCCAUCUACUCUAUAUACAAGCUUACAUUUACCAAGGCAUCUAUUUAUGUAGAAAGACUAAUAAAAAAUGGGUUUUUAGAGAACGCU